UUAGCGUUGAUCUCGGUCGUGAUUCUGUUGUACCGUCUGUUCACUGAAUCUAUUUUUUUUACGUCGCUGCACUCAGUGGACAUCAUCUUUUUAUUAAUACUUUUUUACUUUCCUAGCUGAAUAUUCGGGGUUUUUUUUUGUAACUCGCGCGCGCUCCUUUAUAUCACUCUGCGUAAUUGCGCGAGCCCGGAAUCUCCUUUACGCGCAGCAUCAGCGCUUUUUUCUGGCAGGACUUGAGCUCGUCAUCAUCUGUGGCUGCUGUGUGAGAGGAAGAUGAUGGGUUCAGUGUGAGAAUCGGGACUGGAAGAUGCAGAAGAGCGUGCGUUAUAAUGAAGGACACGCGCUCUAUCUGUCCAUGGUCGCGCGUAAAGAGGGAAUCAAGCGCGGGCACCUGAGCAAAAAAGCCGCCGAGAACAACCGCUGGAACGAGAAGUACUUCGCGCUUUACCAGAAUGUGCUGUUUUACUUUGAGAACGAGCAGAGCACCAGACCCUCUGGGAUUUAUUUGCUGGAGGGAAGCACCUGCGAGAGGAUUCCGGCUCCGAAAGUGUCCACCGUGGGGAAGGAGAGUUCAGAUAAACAGCAGCAUUACUUCUUGGUGAUUUUCGGCCACGAUGGGCAGAAACCUCUGGAGCUGCGGUCAGAAGAAGAAGCUGAUUGUAAUGAGUGGGUGGAGGUCAUUCAGCAGGCCAGUUAUUCAGAUCUGAUCAUCGAGCGGGAAGUUCUCAUGCAGAAAUACAUCCAUCUGGUGCAGAUCAUGGAGACGGAAAAGGUGGCGGCAAAUCAGCUCCGGACUCAACUGGAGGACCAGGAUACAGAGAUCGAGAGGCUGAAGGCCGAGAUUGUUGUUCUGAACAAAUCAAAAGAGCGGAUGUUGCCCUUUCAGUCCUUUCAAGACGAAGAAGAUCCAGACAUCAAAAAAAUCAAGAUGGUGCAGAGCUUCAUGCGUGGCUGGCUCUGCAGGAGGAAGUGGAAGAUCAUCGUGCAGGACUACAUCUGCUCGCCUCACGCCGAGAGCAUGAGGAAGAGGAACCAGAUCGUCUUUAACAUGGUGGAGGCCGAGACGGAGUACGUGCUCCAGCUCUCCAUCCUGGUCAACUGCUUCCUCCGGCCGCUCCGGAUGGCGGCCAGCUCCAAAAAACCUCCCAUCAGUCACGACGAUGUCAGCAGCAUCUUCCUCAAUAGUGAGACGAUAAUGUUUCUCCAUGAGAUAUUUCACCAAGGCUUGAAGGCUCGGAUAGCCAACUGGCCGACGUUAGUUUUAGCGGAUCUCUUCGACAUCUUGCUGCCAAUGCUGAACAUUUAUCAGGAGUUUGUGCGAAACCAUCAGUACAGUUUGCAGGUUCUGGCCAACUGUAAACAGAACCGAGACUUCGACAAGCUUCUGAAGCAGUAUGAAGCAAACGCCGCCUGUGAGGGCCGGAUGCUGGAGACCUUUCUCACAUACCCCAUGUUUCAGAUCCCACGAUACAUCAUCACGCUCCAUGAGCUGCUCGCUCACACGCCUCAUGAACAUGUGGAGCGCAAGAGUCUGGAAUUUGCCAAAUCCAAACUAGAAGAACUGUCCAAAAUGAUGCACGAUGAAGUGAGUGACACAGAAAACAUCCGUAAGAAUCUAGCGAUCGAGCGAAUGAUUGUGGAGGGCUGUGAUAUCCUGCUGGACACCAGUCAGACGUUUGUAAGGCAGGGCUCUCUCAUUCAGCUGCCCUCUGUGGAGAAGGGUAAACUGAGUAAAGUGCGUCUGGGCUCGCUGACGCUCAGGAAAGAAGCUGAACGACAGUGUUUCCUCUUCACCAAACACUUCCUCAUCUGCACACGGACCUCCGGCGGCAAACUGCACCUGCUUAAACAAGGAGGCACACUGUCUCUAAUAGAGUGUACUCUUAUUGAGGAACUGGACACCAGUGAUGAAGACUAUAAUGCCGCUGGUCAGGGUCUCAAUCAUCUCGAGUUUAAGAUCGUGGUUGAACCUGCUGAUGGUUCCUCGUUUUCAGUGGUUCUUCUCGCUCCAUCUCGACAGGAAAAAGCAGCCUGGACCAGCGACAUCAGCCAGUGCAUUGACAACAUUCGCUGCAACGGCUUGAUGAACAGCGUGUUUGAGGACAACUCGAAAGUCACCGUGCCUCACAUGAUCAAGUCUGACGCCCGACUGCACAAAGACGAUGUGGACAUCUGCUUCAGCAAGACGCUCAACUCCUGCAAGGUGCCACAGAUCCGCUACGCCAGCGUGGAGAGACUGCUGGAAAGACUGACCGACCUGCGCUUUCUGUCCAUCGACUUCCUCAACACUUUCCUCCACACAUACCGCAUCUUCACCACUGCCGCAGUAGUGAUGGACAAACUGGCCGACAUCUACAAGAAACCCUUCACGUCUAUACCUGUCAGGGUUCAGUAUCAUUCAUCUGACCGUUUGUCCAUCACCUCCAUCUGUCCAGACUACAGCCUGAAGAUCACGAGGCUUGCGCUGGACCAGUCCAAGUCCCUGGAGCUUUUCUUCGCCACCAACCAGGGCCCCUGGAGCGGAGAGCAUCUCAACAACAAAUCCCCCCGGCUGUCCCGCAAGUUCUCCUCACCUCCGCCCAUCUCCAUCACCUCGCGCACCUCCUCCCCCAUCCACUCCCGCAAGCUGUCCCUCAGCUCUCCUGUCAGCUGUAAGGCUGGAGCUCUGGAUCUCUCCACCUCCACCUUCUCUGCAGCCAGCAGUCCAACAUCUCCAUAUAACCCCAUCAUCUGCUCUCCUCCGCCCACCUGCACCAAAGCCCCUCUGGACCUCAGCCGGGGCCCCAGCUCCCCGGAGCUCUGCCCCUCCACCCCGGAGGAAGGUGGAGAACUGCCCCGCAUAGAUGCUUUCUGUGGGAAACUGCGGCGGAGUAUUCGGCGAGCUGUACUUGAGUCAGUAUCACUGGACAAGUUCAUUCCAGAGACACCCACAUCCAGUGACUCUGGAGAAAUGUCUCCAAGCCGUUCCCCAUCCACCCCGAGACACCUUCGCUACCGACAGCCCGCAGGUCAGUGUCCUGAUAACUCCCGCUGUGCCGUGUCCCCCGCGUCCGCCUUCGCCAUUGCCACCGCCGCAGCCGGACACAGCAGCCCGCAAGGAUUUACCAACCCAGAGAAAUCCUACGACAAAGAGUUCCUCAUCCGCAGGGCGGCCACCAACAGAGUGCUCAACGUCCUGCGCCACUGGGUUUCUAAACACUCGCAGGACUUUGAGAUGAACGCAGAGCUGACGACUGCUGUGAUGGCUCUGCUGGAGGAGGUGCUGAGAGAUCCAGAUCUUCUGCCGCAGGAGAGAAAAGCUGCAGUCAAUAUACUGAGUGCGCUUUCUCAGGAAGAACAAGACGAUUCACAAUUGAAGAUUGAGGAUAUCGUCCAAAUGGUGGACUGUCCGAGGGCCGAAUGCUUUGAGUCACUAUCUGCAAUGGAGCUAGCAGAACAAAUCACCCUGCUGGACCAUAUUGUGUUCCGGAAUAUUCCCUAUGAGGAGUUUCUUGGUCAAGGCUGGAUGAAGAUGGACAAAAAUGAAAGAACUCCAUACAUUAUGAAGACCAGUCAGCACUUCAAUGAUAUGAGUAAUCUGGUAGCUUCUGAGAUUAUGGCUCAUGCAGAUGUGAGCUCCAGGGCUGGAUCCAUUGACAAGUGGCUGGCAGUGGCUGAUAUCUGCCGCUGUCUCAACAACUACAACGGAGUCUUGGAAAUCACAUCUGCACUGAACCGCAGCGCCAUCUACAGGCUGAAGAAGACAUGGGCCAAGGUUUGCAAACAGACCAAGGCAUUAAUGGAUAGGCUGCAGAAGAUCGUGUCGUCUGAAGGGAGGUUUAAGAACCUGAGGGAAACUCUGAAGAACUGUAACCCACCGUGUGUGCCCUAUCUGGGCAUGUACCUGACAGAUUUGGCAUUUAUCGAGGAAGGAACACCCAAUUUCACGGAGGAGGGUCUCGUCAACUUCUCUAAAAUGAGGAUGAUUUCACACAUAAUACGAGAGAUUCGACAGUUUCAGCAGGCGCCCUAUAGGAUUGAACUGCAACCUAAGGUGACACAGUUCCUCCUGGAUAAGACCCUUGUAAUGGACGAGGACACGCUUUAUGAACUAUCUCUGAAGAUCGAGCCAAGACUUCCACCUGCCAACUAAACACAAUGAUCAUGUUUACACCAGACUCCGAUAUCCAGAGAGUCAGUUUGUGAGAAUCCAAAUCUCAAAGUCUGAACCACUUAUCCAUAUAUAUUCACCUCAUUCCAGAUGAUUGCUGUAAACUCAGGUAUUAAUGUGCCUUGUUGUAAAUGUUAUGAAAUUUCUUGGUACAUAUUUAUAGGAUGGUGCAAUUUAAUAUCAGUUUGAUAAUCUCUUGAUAAUGUUUUUUACCUGAAGGCGAAAAUAUCAGCUCGGUUUUUAAGUCUAAUCAUGUCUUUAGUAUAUUAGUGUUCAUGUUUGUAUGCAUACAAAUGGGUUUAGAUGAAACAAUGUCUCACAAAUUACUUGUAUAAAUAGUUUAUGAGGAUUCUUCAUAGACAUAAUGUAUUUUAUACUGUAAAAAACGCUAUUUACCUCACCCCGACCCCUAUAUAUAUAUAUAUAUAUAUAUAUAUAUAUAUAUAUAUAUAUAAUUUUAAGUAUUUUGAAUUACAAGGACACAUGGCAUGUCCUCAUAAACCACUUUACUAGAGUACAACCCAUGUCAUCAUACAAUUUACUUGUACACCAGAUAAACAAGCGCAUAAACGUCCACACAAACACACAUAUACUUGUAUUCAUGGUUAACAGGGGCACUCCAUAUUUUAUACAGUAAAAACUGCCUAUAAUAUUGCACUACCCCACCCCUAACCCACCUGUGGCAAAAUUUGAAAAUCAAAAAGCUUUGUUAAAUAUGAUUUUUAAGCGUUUUCCAUUCGAGGGACCCUCUAAACCACCUUAACAGAGAACAACAAAGUCAUACCCAUGUCAUAAUACAACUUCAUGUCCCUUUACCUAAUAUACCUGUACACACACUAGGGUUUACAUGAAGCAAGGUCACACACACACGUACUUGUAUACAUGGUUUACAAGGACACUCCAUAAUUUAUAUAGUAAAAACCACUUAUAAUAUUGCACUACACCACCCCUAACCCUAAACCCAACCCACCUGUGGCAAAAUUUGAAAACCAAAAAUGAUUUUUAAUAGUGUUGAAUUAGAGGGACAUUAGGUGUGACCCUCUAAACCACCUUAAUAGAUAACAACUAAAUCAUACCCAUGUCGUUAUACAACUUCAUGUCCCUUUAAACCGAAUACACCUGUACACACACUAGGGUUAAGAUGAAGCAAUGUCUCACACACACAUUUACUUGUAUACAUGGUUUACAGGGACACUCCUUAUUUUAUGUAGUAAUAACCACUUAUAAUAUUGCACUACCCCACCCCUAACCCUAAACCCAACCCUCCAGUGGCAAUAUUUGAAAAUCAAAAGACUUUGUUAAAUAUGAUUUUUAAUAGUGUUGAAUUAGAGGGAAACGAGGUGUAAACCUCCUUAAUAGAGAACAACUAAGCCAUACCCAAGUCAAUAUACAACUCUGUGUCCCUGUAAACCUAAUAUACCUGUACACACACUAGGGUUGUCACGAUACUGGAAUUCGGUACAAAUCGAAACUGAAAUAAUAAUAAUAAUUUAAAAAAAGUCCAUUUCCCGCUAACAUUUGAGCGCUGUUGUGCCAUUUCUGUUCACACGACCAACAGAAAUGACUAGGAUUGGCCGUGAAGGUCAUCAGUUAACUGAACUCACCGAUGUUUACUGAGUGCAACCACAGAUACAGGGACGCUGGAGCAUUUUAAAGCCCCGAUUCAUGAGCGGAUCACUCAUGUCAGCUUAUAGACAAACCGGCUGAUGGAAGUGACUUUAAAACUCUGUGACCAUGUGGGUCAGUCAAUCAGUCAGUCAGUCGACAGCGGCCUCUGGUGGAUUUACCUGAGAACAGCAGGCGCUCAUGGCAUUGAGAGAAAUUGUAAUUAUAAUUAUAUAGUCAGAUCACACUGCAUGUUUUGUUUGUAGGCGUAUUUUGAUAUUUUCAGCAUGUGUUUGCAUGAAUCGCUAGAUCAUUUUGGAUUAACGAGAGCAGUUUCUAUUGUUCAAAUCAUCUGUUUUUCGAUACUGCGAGCUCAAACCUUACCGGAUUACGUGAUGGUAAGGCCAAAGUACUGUAGUACUGACUUAUUACCGGAUCUGUGUGCCAUUAUACUGAAACAGCACACUCCAUACUACAGUAAAAAAUCCAGAAUAUCUGAAGGUUAAUGCAGAGGACACAUUUAUUGUUCGUUUUUAACAUGAGAACGAGUCAUUCUCCAUUUUACAGUUUAUGGUUGUUUCCAUAAAAUUCACUCUUUUAACAUUUUACACCUUCUUAAAUGUUCAUUUUGAGUCUGUUUUUGUAUAAAGAUAAAUAGAUUGUUGUUUUUUUAUUUAUUCAAGCAUAUGUCUGUACAGUGCCCUGUUUAUUUCAUUAUUUAUACGAGUGUUUAUUGAAACUUUGACCUGGAAAACCUAGAGAACUUUAUGCCGAGUUCAGACUGCAUGGUUUUAGCCCCGAUUUUGACUCGCCGACAGGUUUUGAGAAAUCAAAGAUAGAUGCCCGAAAUCACAGGUAAAUCGGUGCUGGUGCACGCGAGAGACAAUCACACAGUAUAAACUUUCAAAGAAGCGAUCUGAGAGAAUCACCGAUGAGUCGCCGAUGCCUGUGAGAUAUUUGCCGUGCUGAAUAUCUGGAGCUCUCGGCGAUUCAAAUCCUGCCGUGUGGAAUGUGUUCUGACUGAAAAUAACAUCAGCGAUCGCCUACAGCCAAUGAGAGAGCAGCAAAGAUAUACUAUGUGUUUUUGGCUGUGAGACGUAGUUUGGACGAAGUUGUCAGCGAUUCUUCCUACUGUAAAGUCAUGCAAUGUGAAAGCCCCUGUCGCCGAUCCAUCUUGCAGUGUAAACAAAGCAGCCCAGAUAGUCAUGCAGUGUGAAAACACCUGUGACAUGACUACUUUGAAAAUCCUGCAGUCUGAACUCAGCAUUAGGCAGCCCUGCAUUGUUGUUCUGCAUUUAAAUACUCCUCAAGGAGUGACUUUGUCUUUUCAUAAACAAAUUAUUGUCUUUUUUUUUAAACAAUAGACAACUUUCUCUGUUCUGUACAUCUUUCCAUGAAGCUAAUAAAACUUUUUGCCUUAU